AUGACCCUCGGCCACCAGCACUCUGGCCCUGUCCUGGCCCUCAUCCUGCUGGCCACGCUGCUGGGCAGUGCAGCAUGGGCUUCAGAGAUUGUUGGUGGGCGGGAAGCCAAGCCUCACUCCCGGCCCUACGUGGUGUCACUGCAGUUAAGGGACCAACACUUCUGCGGGGGCACCUUGAUCCACCCGAGGUUCGUGCUGACUGCUGCUCACUGCCUGGAGAACAUGCCCCUGGCCCUGGUGAAUGCAGUGCUCGGGGCCCACAACCUGCGGGCCUCCGAGUCCAGCCAACAGAGGUUGAACAUCACUCGUCAGUUUUCCAACAAUUAUGACCCAGAUCAGAAGCUCAAUGACAUCCUUCUCCUGCAGCUGGACCGCCCCGCCAGGCUCAACGCUCAAGUUGCAGUUGCCCCGCUCCCGCAGCAGGACCAGCAGCUGCCCCACGGCACCCAGUGCUUGGCCAUGGGCUGGGGCCGCCUGGGCACCCGUGCACCAAUGCCUCACACUCUGCGGGAGCUGAACGUCACCGUGGUCACCUUCCUGUGUCGGCCACACAAUGUGUGCACCUUUGUGCCCCGUCAAAAAGCUGGCAUCUGCUUUGGAGACUCUGGUGGCCCGUUGAUCUGCAAUGGUAUCCUCCAGGCCGUGGACUCCUUCCUGAUCCGGGAGUGUGCCACCCAGCAGUACCCUGACUUCUUCGCUCGUGUGGCCCUCUACGUGGACUGGAUUCAGUCUGUGCUGAGAAGCGCAGGGGAGGAGGGCAGCCCCUGA